CAUUUAGACAUUUCCUUCUGGAUUCAGUCGGUCUACUAUAUAGCAUAUCCAACGCGGGAUCGUGAAAUUAAUGCGAAAUCAAAUUCCGGCUAAAAAAAGGCGGAGGUAUCCCAUCGUCGACAGUGAAGGAGCAAGCUAGUGGUGGCUAACAGGCUAGCAUGUUGGCUAGUUAGCACACUGGCUAGCAGCUCCCAGUCGGGGGUGGUGAAUAUCGCUUGUUUGAUCAUUUUAGGGAGGAGAAAGGACGUUUAAUGUGAGAAAUGGGUGUGCAUCAGGCCGUUUCUCCUUCCGGUAUGACAGACCGAGAGGCUCGUUCCCCAGGCACGCCAGAGCACUGUCUGAAGAUGGGCGUCACGUUAGCUUUAGUUUACUACUAUGAUUGAAGACACAUUGGAAGAUGCUUCAAGAGAGACAUACAUGACACAAUGGUUCUGCUCGUGAAUAUUGGGUUAGACCUUUCUUUUUAGAGGGCUAACGUUACCGAGGGUGAAACCGUAGCAAUCUGUACCCUGCGUGCUUCAGAUACUACAAGGUUGUAAACAACAUAGUCUUGAAUGCACACAGUCCUUGAAUGUGGCUGUGGCUCGGUGACAGGCAUGUAUAUUCUCUUCUGUGCUGACUGGUGACUUGAGAAGAGAGCCUGACCUUUUCACCUUCUUAUAAGUUGAGGCUACUGUGGCCUGACUUGCCGCUGGUGUCCCGUGACUUCAUCUGAGGCUCUAUCAUUGCAAUUAGAAACCUCCAGAAGACACGUACUUCAUGAGCGAGCCCUCUUUGCCGCGGCAAGAGUGGCACCUGGUACCAUGAGUGAGAAUGGCCCUCAUAUCAAGCCCUCGAUGUACUUCGAGGUGAAGGUCGGCCCUCUGGACAGGGACGAGGAGGAGGAAGAAGACGAGGACAAGAUCCCCUUCGACAAGGAUGAAGAUGACGACGACAACCUGAUGGCGGAACCCUCAUCGUCGUCGGGGCGCAUAUACGACCGCACCACGGUGCUCAUAGAGCAGGACCCCAUCCGCCUGGACGAGGAGGGCGAGGAGGACCACCACCACCACCACCACCACCACUGCGGCGGCGACGAAGAUGGGGUGACCUUCCUCACAGAGGGGGAGGGCGACGAUGAUGAUGAGGAGCAGGAGGAGCAGCGGUCGCUGGCCUUCAUGACCGACGCGGACGGCAUGUCCCAGGGCUACGUGCACCACACCAUCUCCCCCGACCAGAUCCAGUUCAUCAUCAACCCGGGCAACACGCCCAUGCCGCGGAACAUCGAGGGCGCCACCCUGACGCUCCACUCAGAAUGUCCCGAGACCAAGCAAAGAGAGGUGAAGCGCUAUCAGUGCAUGUUUGAGGGCUGCACACGGACCUACAGCACGGCGGGGAACCUGCGCACACACCAGAAGACCCACCGGGGGGAGUACACGUUUGUUUGCAACCAGCAGGGCUGUGGCAAGGCCUUCCUCACCUCCUACAGCCUCAAGAUCCACGUGCGUGUCCACACCAAGGAGAAGCCCUUCGAGUGCAACGUGCAGGGCUGUGAAAAGGCCUUCAACACGCUUUACAGGCUCAAAGCCCACCAGAGACUCCACACGGGAAAGACGUUCAACUGUGAAUCAGAGGGCUGCACCAAGUACUUCACCACACUCAGUGAUCUGAGGAAGCACAUCCGCACCCACACCGGGGAGAAGCCAUUCCGGUGUGACCAUGACGGUUGUGGAAAGGCCUUUGCUGCCAGUCAUCAUCUCAAAACGCACGUACGGACACACACAGGGGAGAAGCCGUUCAACUGCCCAAGCGACGGCUGUGAGAAGACGUUCAGCAGCCAGUACAGUCUAAAGAGCCACAUCAGGGGCCACGGCAAGGGUCAGCCCUUCACCGUCACACUCAGCCACCCGCUGUCUGAGGAUGCCAAUCACUCGCUGUGUCUCAGUGACCUAAGCCUCAUCUCCACUGACUCUGAGCUCAGAGAAAACAUCAACAACGCUCAGAACCUGGACCUGAACAACGUGACGCCAAUCAAGAUCUUUGAGCUCAUGUUCCAGAGUCCGGAGAACAGCGUGAGCCAGGACGACGGGCCUUCACACGAAGGCCUGGUGGAGUCCUUCAUCCUGGAGACCAGCGCUCGGCCGGGGGCCGGCGACGGCUCCUCCAUCCUCUCCUUCUCCUUCAGCCCCGCCUCCCCCCGCCCCCACGGCGCCACCGUGGUGGACACCUCCCACGCCUCAUGCUGUCAGCCCCCCACCCCGAGCUGUACGCAGUCCAGCUCCGCCUCCUUCGCCCCCGUGCCGGGCCCCCCGCCGGCCCCCGCUCUGCCGGACCCGCCCUCGGCCCAGCCCCCGCCCGCCGCCCACACCCACCCCCCGCCCGCCGCCCCUGGUGACCUGGCGGUGCAGCAGCCCCCGGCCCCCCAGCACUUCGUCACCCUACCACCUUCCUACCUGCACCCCGACGGCCAGCCCACCCGGACCGCCCCCCCUCCCCUUGGACCGCCUGUGGCAACGCCUCCGGACCCAGCUCUGGCCCCCCCGGCCUCUGCUCCCUCCACCCUUCCAGCCGCAGAGAUCCUACCGCCGGCGGCUCACCCCAUAGCAGUCCCCUCCAUACCCAUCCCUGUUUCCAGCCUGGCCCCCGCCCCCACCACCUUCACCAUCGCCCCCACGCAGAGCCUGCUGCAGCCCAGCCUGGUCAUGUCCGACCAGAAUCUGCAGUGGAUCCUGAGCAGCGCCGCCAACAGCCAGCAGAACCCCGACCAAGCGCACCCAGGAGCUCCGAAGGUAGAGAAGGUCUUCUUUACCACCGCCAUCCCAGUAGGCGGCAGCGCAGGCAGUUCGGUUCAGCAGAUCGGUCUCAGUCUGCCCGUCAUCAUCAUCAAGCAGGAGGAGUCGUGCCAGUGUCAGUGUGCCUGCCGAGACGCCGUUAAGGACAGAGCCCCUCCCACUGCCGCGUUACCCCGGCAACAACCCCCUGACCCCGCGCCGCCGCCGCCGCUGCCUCCUCCUCCUCCACCACCACCUCCAACGCUGCCUUCGGAGCCCUCGCAGCCGGCAGCCUCAUCUCCACCCACCGCAGGAGGCCUCCCUCCGUCUUCCUCCCAGCCGGCGGAGGUGGUCCUGGGGGUCUCCUCCUCCUCCUCUCCUUCGCAGACGUUGGCCAACAUCGACGUGUCAGACUUCCUGUCGCUACAGAGCCCCGAGGCGGCGGCCAACAUGGCGGCUCUUCUCCUCGAUGCUGAGGAAUUCAACAUGGCCGCCGACAAUGGCAGCAGCGGUAGCGGCGGUGGUGGAGAGGGGGACGCUUGAGUCCAUCGCUGUGCUCUUGGCUCCGUCCUCUCACACUUUCCCAUCGCGGCCGUCGGGCCGUCGGACCCCCGCAGUGCAUUCUGGAUCUCAUUCCACGGGGAGCGCCGUGAUCAAAUUAACCGCGUGUUGUUCAGCAGCAGUGUUAGUGCUCGCGUGUUACUUCUGAACGGGGAGGGGGGGCACGAAGCGGGGGUGGGGGGGGGGACUUGGAUAGCUCUAGCCUAUCCAUUCAUAAGCCCUCCCCCCACCCCACCCCUAUGAUGUAUCAAGUUCCUGUUGUCUAAGCACUGAAAAUCGAUUGAAAUUCCAUUAUGAGAAGUGAAAUUUAGAAGACUGAACUUGACCUGAAGCUUUUUAUUGACUAUCCUAGUACUGUACCGCGGGAACAGAAUGCACUGUGAGGACGUUGAUGGAUCCAGGUGAAUCAGAAAUGGGCUGGCAGCAGAAUGCUACCCGGGGUUGGGGGUUGGGGGUUGGGGGGGGGGGGUAGUCCCUUUUCAUGUUGUUAUUCUGUCUGCACCUCCAACAUAUGAAGUAGGCUCCUCAGUUUUUGAAAAGACGAGCGCAGUCCACACAAUGUGACCUUUUCUCUUCAGUUUCCUCGAUCCUCCGCUGUAAGCGCCACUAAUCAACACCACAAUUGGUUUGCCUUUCUUUGUUUUGUUUCACUUUUGAAUGAAUUUAAAUGGAGUCACGCGCAGGUUACCUUGAGCGUCAACUAAUAAUUUAAUUUGUUAAUUUAUUGAAAAUGCCUGCUCCUUUUCACAUGCCAGAUUUGAUGUAAGGGACGGCGGAGAAAUAAUUUUUUUGAAUUUUGUAAUUUAUUUCAUGUCUACCUUUUAGGUUACUUUCUUUUAUUGUGUUACUGAUUUCCUUCUGCAAACAUGAUUGGACCUGCUAAAAGUGUGUGUGUGUGUGUGUGUGUGUGUGUGUGUGUGUGUGUGUGUGUGUGUGUGUGUGUGUGUGUGUGUGUGUGUGUGUGUGUGUGUGUGUGUGUGUGUGUGUGUGUGUGUGUGUGUGUGUGUGUGUGUGUGUGCUGACGUUCUGUUUGGGGCUCCAUGUUGAAUAGCACUUUGACCCUCAGGGAUGCAUCGACUCCUAGCUGGGCCUGACCACCUUCGAUGAACUGACCUUUCUUUAGCCCAUACAGUUCUUUAAACAGGCGCCUAAACACUUGCCGUUUCCGGGAUGUUUGCUGCCCUUACCCCUGUCCUCUGCCUUUUGCACACAAACACGCUUUCUCUCCUGCGUCACGCGGCCUCCUCCUCCACUGCCCCGGGUCCCAUUGCUGUACCGGGAGUGGGCUCUGACCCGUCUCUACUGUAAAUACAUUUAGCGGAACCUGUAGAUCGUUUGAGAGUUUGUAUUUUUGUAUAGAGUUUUGAAUCCCAUCCCCCUCGAUGGGUUUGUUGGAAGGGGGGGGGCGGCGGGAGGAGGUGGGGAGUCCAGUAGCCACUCCUCACCUUGCACCCCUCACCAACUCUUAUGCAGAAGAGUUUAUCUGUAAGUCGCCGGUCCGCUCGGGCUCGUGUAGGCUAAUAGUGAUAUUGAAAAUAUAAAGCAACAGCUAGCCUCGCGCUCAGAGUUAUAUAAACAGAGGGACACAAUGCAAUGAUGAGCGAGCAGAGCAGAAGGCCCAUGGAGACGGUGCCCCUCGACCUUACCCCCGGAGCCGGGCUGCGUGUCCACUCAGCCCGCCCUGCCUUCUCAGCCUCUGGCACGUCUCUGACAUGACUAGCCUCACUCACACAGGCCAAUGUUUGACCUAGUAACUGGCAUGCCAAGCCAAGCAAUCCUAUUGGUUGGAUAAUCACUUUAUUGCGUAUCGGAGCGUCGGGACUCGCCGACGGGAACGGGUCUAUUCCAAAGUUCUGACCUGUUUGAAUCCAGUGGCAUCCCGGCUUCAGAGAGUUAAAGUCCUGCCAUGUUUUCUGCCCCACCCAUGCACUCAGAGCUGUUUUAUCACACGAGCUGUUGAACCCCUUGUUUGUGAUCAGCAGCUUAUUCCAAAGGAUGGCCCCCCUGGAUGGGGACUUAAUUUGUGAUGCUAUGGUUCCACCUAUGCCUGAAUUAUACAUGCUGUGUCACGCCCAGCCAAGAUCUGUUGGACCCCUCCCCUGGUUCUUCCCACCAGGGCGAGUGGUCGCUGGGAAUGGAAACUGCCAUCCAUACGUUCAUGAACACAAUGCAUACUUUAGAGCUAAAUACUAUGCAAUUCCUAACCAUUGCCAACAGUGGCACUCAGUGACGAGUAUUCACAGAUCAAACGAAAACUGUCUAAAUUGAAAAAUGUCAGCUGGCUCAUUUCCACGAGGUAGAGCAUUCUGUAUUAAUGUAUAAUGCUCUACCCUCAACAUGGUGUCAUGAAUUUCAAUGUGCACAUGGUUUUUCUUUUUCAUACCAACUGCGAUUUCAGUUAGAGUGGAUACUUUUGGGCAUUAAGGUUGACUAUUGUUUUGAAGUGCUUACCCAUGCAUUAUGAACCGUGACUUAACCGUUGUGCACUAUUACCUAUUGGCUCGUUACUUUCUGGUGACAUCACUUACCAUAGUUUGUGUAGAGAGACAGUCGUGUUCAAAUUAUUAACAAGCUAGACUGCAUAUUGUAUUUUUUUCUAAAUUACUUCCAACUGGAUUGAAACUAUUUCCCGUAACUAUGGCCGUUGUGACUUCAAACAUUCACAUCGAUAGCAACUGGUACCUGCUUGGAAGAGAUUGUUUAGCACACUGGCAUUCAUGGAAUUACCUUGACUUUUCAAAUGGAUUUUUAUUUGCAUUUACCUAUCACAUUAAGAGAACUUGUUUAUGGGGUGACCUGUACUGCUGCCCAUCUGAAAGAUACCGGAGGAAUAGUCAUAGAAAAUAUGAAAAAAGGCUAAACUGCAGUUAUUGGUUCUCAUAGGAAUGAGACUGGGAACCAAACAAUGACAUUGCCUUGAUUUAGUUCGAUUUGUUGCCACCCUUGUCAUUUCACUUUACUUAUUGGUUCCUCUUUAUACGACUGAUUAUCUUGACUCCGAAAGCAACAGAAAUUCUACAAUAAACUCUUGGGAGGUGACAUGAUUAAGUCAUUCAAAUCAAACAUUGGCUUUGCCUUUUGUAAGUUUGAGGUUGUCGAUUUUUGGUCAUUAAACAACGGAAUGGUUCUAAAACUGGCGAACUACAAAGUUUAUCUGAAGGGAUAACCGCCUGCGAGCAAAACACUGAUGGAGACAUUGAUUUGGGAGCAGAAAAGCGAUUUGGAAACCUGUGCAUCGGAGAACUUGAUUUCCAAAUCGGUCGAUCGAGGGGCAAGUCUGCUUCCAAUUUAAUGUCUUGUCACCCAAAGACUGGGGAAUUGUAAAGAUUAGUAUUUUUUAAAGAAUGUAUAAUGUGAAAGUUUGCUUUUGCUUGUUUUGUAUAAGGUAAUAUUGUGUAUAAGGUAAUAUUGUGAUCAUUGUUAUGAUCAAUAACUUUGAAUUGAGAGCAAUAUACUAAUUAAACCUGAUUCUUGUCACAGAAACCAUUUGUUUGGAAUAUCACAAGACAUUAGCCUACUUUAGUUGUAAUUUAUUCAAAUAUGCAAGUUAGACAUAAAAUCUGCUUCUUGUUGAAUCACUUUGGAGAUGGUAGCCGUGCAUCCUGAAGAUUCCUCUUC